AUGGAGGAGGAGGCUGCGAGGAAGAGGAAGAUGCCUUGGGCCCCCCAGGCAGGCCCCGAGCUGAGGACGGAGAGCCUGGAGGACAAAUCCCCCUGUGAGAAGCUGGUGGGAGAGGCCGUUUUGAAGGGCUCCACGACGCAGGAAGGCAGCGGGGAGGAAAAGGGCCGGAGAUCCUCCCGCAGGAGGGGCUCCAAAGCCAGCCCAGGGUGCUCUGAGGAGGAAAGACCCAGCCUGUGCCGGGAAGGCGGCCGGAGGUCUGAGCUGGUGGUCCCUGAGCAACCUCCCAGCAGGGAGAAGCGCUUCAGGUGCUUGGAAUGUGGGAAGAGUUUCAGGAAGAGCACCGACCUCCUCAAGCACCAGCACAUCCACACUGGGGCACGUCCCUACACUUGUAGGGAAUGUGGAAAGGGCUUCAGCCAGAACUCCAACCUCCGCAAACACCAGCGCAUCCACACUGGGGAACGUCCGUACACAUGUGGGGAAUGUGGGAGGAGCUUCAGGAACAGCUCCCACUUGAUCCAACACCAGCACAUCCACACUGGAGAAUGGCCUUACACAUGUGGGGAAUGUGGGAAGGGCUUCAGUGACAGCUCUGGCCUCCGCAUCCACCAGCGCAUCCACACUGGGGAACGGCACUACAAGUGCUUGGAAUGUGGGAAGAGGUUUCAGACCAGCUCACAUCUCCUCCUGCACCAGCGGACACACACGGAUGAGAGGCCCUUCCGCUGCACUGACUGUGGGAAGGGCUUCAAGCACAACUGCCACCUCAUCAGGCAUCGGCGCAUCCACACCGGGGAGAGGCCCUACAAGUGUGGGGAGUGUGGGAAGAGCUUCACCCACAGCUCUGCCUUGACCUCACACCAGCGGACUCACCGAUAA